GCUAUGGCAAUUACUGAGGACAACGCCCUCAGCAGUUUGCACCAAUUUCUCGCCGCUACCCAGCCCUUACAGUCGCUACAACGAUCACCGGAGAAGGGUAUUCCUAGUAUGGACGACAUUAUGCAUACCGUACUACAGCAACUGCCGUCCUUCAAUAGUUACCCGGUAAGUGGCGCAGCAGCUGAGACGCUAUUAUGUGGUCAAAUUGACGUGGGAAUCGGUUGCCAAUGA